AAUAACAUGACUCGGAAGGGGUACGAAAUGGCUGCCGCCGCAGUGUUCAAAUCAACUGCUCAAGUAACAGCCCAUUUCGCGCCCGUCCCGUGGCUGAGUCCUGCAGUUGGCCUUCUUUGUGGCAUAAUCGAUAUGUGUGCCAGAGUCAGCUCCAACAAAAACGCAUUCGCACAACUCCAAGAACGGUGCUACGAUCUACUCCUCGUUCUUCAGAAUCAUGCGGAUGAAAUGGGCUCAGACAGAAUGAAGGAAGCGGUUACUUCUGUCGAGAAGACUUUGGACUGCAUUCAUAAGCGCAUACAGGUCUGGGCUGCGAAGAAUCGAGUUGAAUUAAUUCUUCUGCAACUCGAGCUCUCAGCAGACAUUCAAGAAUGUCACGAAGACAUUACCAAAUGCUUACAAAAGUUUCAGUUUACUUCUCAUCUGGAGAUCCACAAAUGGCAAGCCGAAUUUGAAAAUAACCGUACAGCAGACAGUGCGGAGGUAAUCAAGUACUUAUCAGAUAUCAAGAACACCGAAGAAAUCGUUGUCGAAACACAAAAACAGCAUGGUGAUAUCUUACAUAGCCUUAUGGAUUUGUUACAAAAGUCUCUCCCAGGGAAUGCAGUUGGCGAGGAACGUGGUUUGGAGAAGAAUCUAUACUAUCUUCAGAAGUCUUCGGGUUCCCUCCUUCCACAUUCCCAUCUCGAGCGUGGUGAGGUUCGUCGUUCAGGAUUGUGGCCUGUUGAUGGGUCCAGUUCCAUGUAUGACAUAUGGGAGGGAUUUUAUCUUAAUGAGGAGAAGGUUGCGAUCAAGGUUAUACGAGCUGCACAGUGUUCGCCAAAGACCUUGUCGCGCUUCAAGAGAGAAGCAGCUAUUUGGGAAGAUGUAUGGAAGUUGGAUCGCGGGAAACAUAUUCUGCCUUUUUAUGGAUUCUGUCAGAACGAUGGGCCAUAUCCGUAUGUCGUUAGUCCUUGGCAGCCAAAUGGGACUGCUCCGGAAUACCUCAAUAAGUACCCCGACGCUGAUCACUUGGCAAUGAUUCGCGGCGUAGCAGAAGGUCUCCGUAUUCUGCAUACCAUGCAGCCACCAGUGGUGCACGGUAACCUCAAAGGAUCUAGCAUCGUAAUCGAUAGUUCAGGCAAUCCGUUACUGGCCGACUUUGGUUUUUCCAAGAUCACAGAGGAUAUCACAGGUGUACCCUUCACGAUGUCAACAGGAAUCUCUGAUUCUUACAGAUGGCUUGCACCCGAGUUAAUUAUCGAUCAAGGCGUUCUAUCUACUGCUUGCGAUAUAUACGCAUUUGGCAUGACCGUUUUGGAGCUACUGACCCACAAGCACCCCUGGGAGGAUGUCAAGCGGUCAACAACCGUCGUUAUUAAAGUUUCUCAAGGACAAUUACCAUCCCGUCCACGCGAUGCUGUAGUGGUUGAGAGGGGGCUGGAUGGUGUUGUGUGGGGUCUGUUGGAAAAAUGCUGGGUGACCGACAGUAAGGAGAGGGCGACUAUACAACAAGUCUUGCAGGAGUUACAUUGAUAUGGACUCAUUAGAAUCUCGAACCAAUGUAUUACUAUUAGUUACUCAGGAAAACUAGUACAGUCAAAUUGUAGCCGAAUGCUAUUCAAUUCUCAGACCCUU